AUGUCACAGCUUAUCCACGACUCCCUCUUUGGUCGCUUGCUACGGCAUUUAUCCAAGGGAAAAUUGCUACCGCAUGAGGAGACAAAACACCCUGCUCUCCUAGAACAGUUCUCACAUAACUCGCCUGCUGUGGGAGGAGAGACGUCGCCUGAAAGACCCGCUUCGAAUGCGAGCACUCUUGGUCCAGGCGAUGGAGAGCUAUCUGAGAAAGGACGAGACCCGAAUAUUGUUGGGUGGUAUGGGCCUGACGACCCAGAGAACCCUCUCAAUUGGUCACCCUUCACCAAAUGUGCAAUCACUUUUGAGCUGUGCUACUUGACAUUUGCGGUCUAUGUGGGAUCGUCCGUGUACACUGCUGGCGUUGUGGACGUUAUGAAGGACUUUGGGAUUGGCGAGAUACCUGCAACACUUCCCCUGACGGUCUUUGUGCUCGGAUUUGGACUAGGACCGAUGACCUUAGCACCCCUCAGCGAGGCACCUGCGAUCGGACGGACGCCAAUAUACGUUGGGACACUGCUAGCUUUCCUCCUCCUGCAAAUCCCUGUGGCUUUGGCAGUCGAUCUUCCCAUGCUUAUCGUGUUCCGGUUCAUCACUGGUGUCCUAGGGUCUCCUCCCCUGGCCACCGGCGGCGCCUCCAUCGCAGAGAUCUUCACACCGCGGAAAAGAGGACUGGCCAUCGGAAUCUGGGGUGUCGCAGCUAUCUUUGGUCCCGUCUUUGGUCCGCUUCUCGGUGGCUUUGCCGCUCAGGCGAAAGGUUGGCGAUGGACAAUAUGGGAGCUGAUGUGGAUCUCUGGCCUUGCUGUCAUUAUGUUGUUCUUCUUCCUGCCAGAGGUCAACGCAAAGAAUAUCCUGUAUCGACGGGCCCAUCGACUGCGUCGCGUGACAGGCAAUAUCAAGCUCAUGAGCGAGGGUGAAAUCGCCUAUCAGAACGUCACGGUCAGAAAGGUGGCAUAUCUCACCAUCAUCCGUCCCUGGAUCCUGACCUUCACGGAGCCACUCGUCUUUCUCCUCCACACAUGGGUCGCAUUGAUUUUCGGCCUGUUGUUCAUCUGGUUCACCGCGUUCCCACUCGUCUUUGAAGGGAUCUACGGAUUCAACGCAGGGCAGACCGGACUGUCGUUUCUCGGACUCUUCGUUGGAGCACUCUGUUGCGUCCCACCGUUCAUCUGGUACGACCGUGGCGUGCAACGGCGGAUGUUUGACGACGACGGCCACAUCAUGAAGCCUGAGCAGCGCCUGGUGCCGGCGAUGGUCACUGCGGCCACGAUCCCCAUCUGCCUCUUCUGGUUUGGCUGGAGUGCCCAAAAAGAUGUGCACUGGAUCGUGCCCAUCAUCGGAACCUGCUUCUUCGCCGUCGGCGCCCUGAUCAUCGUCAACUCGGUCCUGACCUACCUCCCCGACGCGUUCCCGACCGAGAUCCCCUCGGUCAUGGCCGGCUCGGCGUUCAUGCGCUUCUCCUUUGGCGCCGGCUUCCCCUUGUUCGCCCCGGCCAUGUACCACAACCUGGGCGUCCACUGGGCCAGCAGCCUGCUGGGCUUUCUGGGGCUGGCGUACGUGCCGAUCCCGUUUCUGUUUUACUUUUUUGGCGAGAGAUUCCGCAACGCCAGCAAACGGGCGCGGCACACCUAA